AUGACAAAAGUCUGGCUAGUAACUGGAUGUUCGUCCGGCUUAGGCAAACUAUUGGUGUUAGCCAUCGUCGCGAGGGGCGAUAGGGUUAUUGCCACAGCUCGCAAUGUGGCUGCGUUGAAACAAUUCGAAGACAACCCAGGUGUAAGAACAUUGCAACUUGAUGUAACCGCGGAGCAAGAUAUUAUUGAUGCUAAGGUCCACGAUGCUCUGGGAAAAUUUGGCCAAAUUGAUGUAUUAGUCAACAAUGCCGGUUUUGUGGGUUCUGGAGUUUGGGAGGAGGUGAGUCACAAAGAUGCCCUUAGGCAGUUUGAGACGAAUUUCUUUGGUGCGAUGAACAUGACACGAAGCGUUCUGCCGCUUUUUCGCUCUCGCAAGUCAGGAACCCUACUCUUCGUGAGUAGCAUCGCAGCGUGGCUAGGAGUCGGCGCAGGAGGUUUGUACUCCAGCUCGAAAUUCGCGCUCGAAGGGGCCGUGGAAUCUCUCCAUGACGAGGUCAAACAUCUUAACAUCAACACUCAUCUCCUAGUUCUUGGGCAGUUCAGAACUGAGAUCUUAAGUGCUGACCGUGGGCUUGCACGUCGCUCGGAGAACCCUAUUCCAGAGUACGAUGCAAUUUUCGAUGCGCUUCUCCAACGACAGAUUGCCACUGAUGGCAAACAACCUGGUGAUCCUCAACUCGCUGUACAAAGAAUUGUCGAUGUUGUCCGGCGAGAAGGGGUACUGCACAAUGUCGAAAAUUUGCCUCUGCGGAUUCCGUUGGGAUCAGAUGCCGUGGAAAUCAUGCGACGCAAAUGCGAGGAGACAAUGCGCUUGCUGGAUGACCUCGCGCUAUUCGCCAAAAGUACGGAUUUCGCAGAUGUACAUGCUGUCCCCAGUUACAGAUGA